CGUCCACGCAACGCGACUCGUUAAACACUCGCAUGACAACUAAGCAAGAAACACUUGGAAACCGAGCCACUGUCACUGAGGGUGACAUGUUUCUGCAAAAACUGAUCGUGUAUUUGUCGACAGCAUGGCUGUUCUGCUUUUUGAUUGGAGUGAACGUCCUAGUUAAGAUCGUAGGUUUCAUCUCGCCGAGCCUCUCAAAGAAGAUAAUCCUUAAAAUGGGCGAAAAGACCACGAUGACCCAGAACCCCAAGUUUAAGUAUGAAGACUGGGGUCAGACGUUCUGCUCGCUGGAGUUCGUUAAAACAGCCUCUCUGCACAUGUGGUUGUCGCUUGGACAAGAAGCAUUUGAGGGAGGAAAAGCUCCGGACUCACCUGUGGUCACCAUGGAGGGAGAGAAGACAAGUGUCUGCAAGUUCUUGAAAGGUAACAGGCCACUGGUGCUCAGUUUCGGGAGUUGCACCUGACCCCCGUUUAUCUACAAACUUGAGGAGUUCAAGCAACUCGUCAAGGACUUCAGCGAUGUGGCUGACUUUCUUGUGAUUUACAUCGCAGAGGCCCAUUCAACUGAUGGUUGGGCCUUUACUAACAACUAUGACAUUAAUCAGCACCAGAGCCUGGAGGACAGGCUGUCUGCAGCCCGGAUCCUUGUUCAGAAGGAGCCCUUGUGUCCUGUGGUUGUGGAUGAAAUGGAUGAUACUGCUGCUAUGAAGUAUGGUGCUAUGCCCGAGAGGCUUUACGUAUUGCAGGCUGGGAAAGUAGUGUAUAAGGGUGAUGUGGGGCCUUGGGGAUACAAUCCAACGGAGGUGCGAUCAUUUCUGGAAAAGAUGAACAGGUCAAGCUGACCGGCAAAGGGGUUCUCUAACAAAAAGCCCACCCCCCCCUGCUGGAUUUCCUGUUGUUGGUGUUUGUCUGUGGACCACAACACCCCCUGGGAUCAGUGAUGUUAUGAUGCAGGUGCAUUCUAAAUGUUGUGUUGAGCUCAUGGUCUAUCAAUGUGCUGGCAGUGAACAUCGGUUAGCGAGAUCAUCUAAAAACCUGAUCGAAAAUAAAACACCACACACACGACAGGUAGUUAAGUUAUUGUAAAAUUAUAUUAACAAGCAAUCUUUCCUCAAUUUGAAAUAAAAAAAUAUCAGCAAAUAAAGGCAACAUAGGACAGAUGUGUGUAAUGCAUAAUGUUCACAGGAAAAAAAAAAUUCUCAUCACAUUAAAAACCUGCGACUAAGUUGAUAAUGAUGCCUACUAGAAUGGGUUUAGAAAGCUUUGACUAACUCUGAAUAACUGGGGCAAUAUAUGUAGUCAAAGAUCGUAUCAAAAUAUUUAAAAAAAUAAUAAGUUUGGGUUGGGCGAGAAGGGGCAGGGCCAAGGGGGACGACCGAGAAUACAGGAGGGAGAAUGUGAACAACCAAUAUGCAGGAGAGGUUAAAAUGGGCAGCUCGUUCAUAGCCGUUUCAUCAUUAUGAACCCAAGUGGAAAUGACACAGAAGGCUACGGCGAUGAAGAGCACAGAGUGUUAAGCACAGACAGGUAAAGAGAUACACACCACAUAUUAAAGCAGGUGUCCACAUAGAGAAGAGCAGCACUAGGUAGUAUGUUGUACACAGAGUCUCAGCUUUCAUGCACUCACUUCGUAUGGUGUCCCUUAACAGAAUUCAGCAGCGAUCGAGCCGUUUUGAAUUCAAACAGCAAAGAGCGCCGACUUGCUGUCAAAAAUAGUAGAGGGAAAGUGAUCAAACAGGAUUCGACAUGGUCGCCACAGUAAAACCUUAUUCUUAAGUCUUUUCCCCUUAUAGACCGUUUUAAAUAGAAGGGUGAGCAUUGGGAAGAACAGUAAGGUACAUUAUUCAUAAAGGUGGCCACAGAGUUAAAGGCAAAAAUCGGAGUCCUAUGUCAGCUGAAUUUGGCGACACAGUAUGCAUGGCGAGAAGUAAAAUGACAGGACAAAGACUUUCCAAGCUCACAAUGCAUAUACACACUCUCCAGUGUUUCAAGUGACAAAAGCGGAGACAAAUCCUGCACAUCUUGCAACACAAAGCAAUAAUUAAAAAGUACAAGAGGUAAACUUCAACCAUUUUUUUUUUCUCUUCGCUCUAGGGUUGAGGGGGCUGAGA